GGAGAGGAAAGGAGAGAGAAGGAAAGAGUGUUUGCUUUCCUCAGUGCUUCCCACACUGGAGGAGCGGAGGGUGGAUGCUGCCAUGGCUGUUGCAGGUUACCACAAUGCACAACGCCUUCCCCCCUGCAUGACGGCGACUUGCAGCAGAAUGGUACAGCCCAGAAUAGAAACCAGGCAGAUCUAUCAGCUGAUGCCGCUGACGCCUUCUCCAGUCUCAUUAGUUUUCGCAGCCUCCUUUUUACAUCUCACUUUUUUCUUCUCUCUAAAGUGGAUUUUGUUUUUUUAAAGGCAAAAAGAGUAAACGGCAAGAGUAGGACGAAUCCGAUGUGCUCUCUCCCAGCUCGCCGCACGGGUUUCGGGCUUUGUUCCAUUCAACCAACUUUACUGCUCCUGACGCCUGCUUCUGACACUUGCCGGGGAUGGGUUCGAAUUUUAACGAUAUUGUCAAACAGGGAUACGUCAGGAUCAGAAGCCGGAGACUUGGGAUCUAUCAGAGGUGUUGGAUCGUAUUGAAGAAAGCAUCGAGUAAAGGACCAAAGCGACUGGAAAAGUUUUCAGACGAGCGAGCGGCAUACUUCAGAUGUUACCAUAAGGUCACGGAGCUUAAUAAUGUUAAAAGCAUCAUCCGACUCCCCAAAACUACAAAGAAGCACGCUGUGGGACUAUUCUUCACCGAUGACACCUCAAAAACAUUCGCCUGUGAAUCAGAUUUGGAGGCCGAUGAGUGGUGUAAGGUGCUGCACACAGAGUGUCUUGAGACUCGUCACAAUGACAUCAGUUUGGGAGAACCUGAUCUGCUAGCGACUGGUGUAGAAAGAGAGCAGAAUGAGAGAUUCAAUGUGUAUUUGAUGCCGUCCCCUAAUACAGAUGUCCAUGGGGAGUGCACGCUGCAAAUCACUUUUGAGAAUAUUAGCCUAUGGGACGUGCAGAACCCCAGGUUAAAGCUGGUAUCUUGGCCGCUAAGCUCAUUGCGAAGGUAUGGGCAGGACCCAGCCUGGUUCACGUUUGAAGCUGGCAGGAUGUGUGACACUGGGGAGGGGCUCUUUAUCUUCCAAACCAGAGAAGGUGAAGCCAUUUAUCACAAGGUUCACUCGGCAGCGCUGGCGAUAGCUGAACAACACGAGCACCUGCUACAGAGCGUCAAGAAUUCGAUGCUUCAGAUGAGAAUGAGUGAGAGGACAGUGUCUCUCAACACCAUGGUUCCAUUACCACGCAGCGCAUACUGGCAACAUAUUACAAGACAGCACAGUACAGGGCAACUCUACAGCCUGCAAGACCUCUCCAACCCACAGAAGCUCCACCGGACGGACACAUUUCCAACAUACCGCUCCGAGCACUGACAGACGCUUCCACAGACUUCUUGUUUACACUUUACCAAUAAACUAUAUGGAACUAUAGAAAACGCUUGGACUACUGAUCUCCUGUGAGCUGCCAGACGAGCGGCGCCAACUCUCUGCCUGGAUAUUUAUAUAUUCAAAAAUGCUACUUUUUUAUUGUCACCAAGACUGUGUUUUUCAAAUUCAGGAAGAACUUUUUGAUUUUGGCCUUGUCUCAUCAUGAAAUGUCUCCUGUUCACAUCCACUAGACUACAAGCAGUAGCUUGCCGUCUUCUUUGGAGCUACCACUCCUAGAUUGUGUCGGCAACAGCUGGGAUCUAGAAUCUCACAUCAGUUGAAGUCACAAGUUCCAGGCCAUGGGCAACCAGUGGUUCAUUAUCCGGGACAUGUAGUCCUACCGAUGCUAUAAAAUCUCUAAUUUCCCGGAUCUGUUCAGUUUUGAAUUUUCUCGUGUUUUCAGUUAUUUUGGGGGGGAACUGUCAUCAUGUUGGGGUUCUGAGUCUUGCUUGUUUGUCUCUGUAUCUUUAAGGGAGGUUAUUUUGUAUGUGAGGCCCAAUGGGAUAUUAUUAUCUGCCCCAUGAAUCUCUGCACAAAAAAAAAAAAAAAAACAACAACAACAACUUUAAAUAAAAUUUUAGGAAAUGGUAGACUUUUUAGAUAUUUUUGAAUUUCAGGAAAAUGAUCUCUGAGCAAUUUCAAAUAAAGAGGUGAUCUUAGGACCAUUUCGAGGGCAGAGGAAUCUUUUGCAGAUCUUUAAACAGACCAGUACUGUAGUGUAAUAAUCUGCAGAAUAUACCACUAUGUAUCUGUCAUGAGGUAGACAGGACAGAACAAUGUUCUGCAGAUCUCUAUAUAGGCCAGUGGUGUAAUAAUCUGCAGAAUAGAUCACUCAUGUAUAUCACUGUGUAUCUGUAGAAGGUAGAGGAGCAGUCACUUACUGCAGUUUUGUUGUACAAACUGGUGAAAAGGAAUUAUUCUACAUCUGGUGUUUUUUAUUUUUAUACAGUUGUGGUUGAAAGUUUUCAUAUCCUUGGAGAAUUGGUAAUAUAUGAACUGUGAAAACAUGAGUGAGCAGGCAAAACACAUUUCUUUUAUUUCUUAUGGGAUUCAUAUUCAGCUGUAGGGUAUAACACAUUGGCACAAAUCUUUACAAAACAUAGCAACAAAUAAAAAAGGAAAUGACCCCUGAUCGGCAUCCCCUUAAUUCUUUAUACUGGGUAUUUCCCCCUUUAGCAUUAAUGACCACAUGCAGUCUUUUGUAAUAGUUGUCUAUGAGGCCCCAAAUUCUUGCAGGUGGUAUAGCUGCCGAUUCGUCUUUGCAAAAUGACUCCAGGUCAUGCAAAGUCCUCGGUCAUUUUCCUUGAACUGAACAUUUCCGAUAUUACCAGGAUGAUAAUUAAGAUCAGGAGACUGUGGUGCCCAUACCAGAAGCUUCACCUUUUUGUACUGUAACCACUGGGGGCGUCUACUUGUCCUUGUCCUUAGGGUCACUGUCAUGCUGGAAGGUUCAGGUGUGUCCCAUUUCACAAGAUUCCCUGUGAGCUCAUACCCCCCAAACACCACCAUGCUUCACAGUGGGAAUGGUAUUCAUUUCACUAUAAGCUUUGUUGACUCCACUCCAUACAUAUCCCAUAUAGUUGUGACCAUAAAGCUCUAUUUUGUGUUGUCAGGCAUAUUGUAACUGGCUUUUUGUAGCAUUGAUAUAGUAAAGGCUUCUUUCUGGCAACUUGACCAUGCAGCUUAUUUUUGUUCAUGCCAUGCGUCAUAUUGUGCUCCUUGAAACAACCAUGCAGUUUUGCUGGGCAGCGUCUUUUGGAUAACCUCAGGAGCUUACAUGUGGGUUUUUCUUUGUAUGCCAAACCAUUCUUUUGGGGGUUUGGAUGAAACUCGAUCACGUGAAAAAUGGA